AUGACUCAACUUGAAUCCGUCUCAACAGAAAACAUGACCACAACACUCCUUCCGAGCGACAUAUACAUUCUCAUCGUAGGGCAUCUCGAGCCCGAGGCAUGUUAUUCAUUGAUUCAAGCCAUCCAUGGCCUCGAUGAAAUCCUUCCCGCAAAAGACUUCAGGAGGCAAGCCACACGAUGCGGGAACACGACCAUCCAUUUGGCAGCCCAAAGAGGAGACCUCCGACUCAUCAAAAGUCUCCAUUCCAGAGGACUGGAUGUUAACAUCAAGAAUCUUCAUGGUGUGACCCCGUUAGCUGCAGCUGCCCGACGUGGCCAUCGGUCGCUUGUCGAGUUUCUCAUCUCGAUCGGAGCAACAAUCGACUCGCAAGAUAAGCGACAAUUGACUCCCUUGCACAAUGCCGCCUAUCAUGGAGCAGAUGAUAUCGUCCGGAUCCUUCUUGACGCCGGUGCUGAUCCCUUUAUGAAAGCGAACUAUCCCGGUACAACUGCACUGCACUGGGCUUGCAAGAGUGGACACGUCUCAACUGUGGCAUUGCUUCUUACUCGUCUGAAGAACUUAGAUGAAAUACCGGCAACUUGGGAAUCAGCCUUGGAGAUAGCCGCUAAAAAGGGCCGUACGGCCGUUGUUAAGCUCCUUAUUGACGCCAAUUUUGUAAUAUCUGAUAGGGUCAUCCAACAAGCCGGGGGUCAGGACAAGGCAAAACAGUGA